UAAUCUCAAUCAAUGAUGCAAGUAGUGGUAGUUGGGUAUAAGGUUCUCCGGAAAGGAGAAUGGAUAUCACUUAAUGGGUCCACCGGUGAGGUGAUACUAGGACAGCAACUACUUUCUCUUCUAACUCUAUGUGAUGAUCUGGCAACCUUCAUGUCUUGGGCUGAUGAAAUAAGGCAUCUGAAGACAAUGGCGAAUGUUGACACACUUGCAGAUGCACUAACAGCUAGACAGAAUGGUGCCCAUGGAAUUGGACCGUGCAGGACCAAACACAUGAUAUCAGAUUUCGAGGGGAUCUUCCGUGCAAUGGACGGUCUCUUGGUGACAAUCCGAUUGUUGGAUCCUCCACUUUAUGAGCUUAUUCUUGAGGGUGAGUUGCAUCACAUUGUCAGGGAGCUAACUUCGGAGACAGGAAUCAAUGAAGAAGAAAUCUUCUCUAGGAUUGAAAAACUAUCAGAAGUGAAUCCCAUGCUUGGUUACCGAGGCUGCAGGCUAGGAAUAUCAUCAUACCUAGAACUAACUGAGAUGCAAGUUCGUGCAAUCUUUGAGGCUGUAAUUUCAAUGAGUAACCAUGACAUUAAAGGUCUGCCAGAAAUAAUGGUUCCACUUGUCGGUACACCUCAGGAGUUGAAGCACCAAGUGAGUUUAAUAAGAAAUGUUGCUGUGAAAGUGUUCUCUGAGACGGGUUCCUCUCUAAGCUAUAAAGUAGGAACCAUGAUCGAGGUCCCUAGAGCUACUUUGAUUGCAAAUGAGGUAUAACUUAAAUCCUCUCUUAUUUAUCAACUCA